GCAACAACAAAAACAGUCCGUGCGAAACCCCGCACCCCAACUCGAGGUCCCGCGGGUGAAUUAUGUAAACACCACACAAGCCCCCCCAGAAUUCACCCAUAGUCAAAAUCCUUGUGCCGUGGAGGGAUAAUGACCCGACCCCGGCGAGUGUGCACUGUAGGGGCCGAUGGGGGCGGGGCCGCACUGUCCACCAUGGUGAGCAAGUAGGUGAAUCCGUGCGAGGGAGGAAGUGGACCUACCAAGUCAAAGUUGACGUGGUCAAACCUCCUCUCGGGGACAGCAAAGGGCUCCAAGAGGGCUUUUGUGUGGCGAUGCACCUUAGCCCGCCUUGACACGGCCCACUUUCUCCUCUGCCACGACUAAACAUGGGGUCGAGCACCACAUUGAGACCAAGGGCCCCCCGAUCCACGCGAGGGCCCGACGGCUUGAUCCCGAGAAGCUAGCAGUCGCUAAGUCCGAGUUUGCCAACAUGGAGCGUCUGGGCAUCGUCCGCCGCUCGGAUAGCCCGUGGGCCUCGCCACUACACAUCGUCCCUAAACCGAGUGGUGGGUGGCGACCGUGUGGUGACUACCGCCGCCUUAACGACGCCACUACGCCCGACCGCUACCCUGUUCAACACAUUCAGGACUUCUCAGCCCACCUGGCAGGCAAAAUCUUGUUCUCCAAGGUCGACCUGGUGCGCGGGUAUCACCAGGUUCCCGUGCACCCCUCUGACGUUCCCAAGACAGCUGUAAUCACGUCGGGGUCACCAGUGUAGCGCCGGAGAAAAGGAGUCGGAGGCGGAGUGUCGGACACAGGAACAGAACUUGCUUUAUUGUUCGACAUCACCAAACUACUCGCAUAACGGCGGGAACUCUGUUAACCUUUCCUCCGGAAGUGCAACAACAAAAACAGUCCGUGCGGAACCCCGCACCCCAACUCGAGGUCCCACGGGUGAAUUAUGUAGACACCACACCAUCAUCGUUUCCAGCUAUAAAGGAGUACAGUUACAAGACGCUGUGAACCAUGUGUGGAAGGACAUCGGAGAUUGUGAGUGUUUCUCACCGCUGUUGGACGAAUCCACUGACGGACAGGUGUCAAGGCGGGAAGUCUCAACAAAACAUGGUGUCAUGAUAUCCAUUAGCAAACUGCCCAACUGCUCCCAUGCAGCGAUGUGUGGUGGUGGUGUGUUGGUCAAAAGUUGUAUGACACACUGAUAAAUGCACCAGGAACGUGUGCACGGGUAUCACUGCUCUUAUCUGUGACUGUUUCCAUCCACAGCAGAGGAUAUACUAUUGGCUGCAUCCAUCUUUGGACCUCCCCUCGGUUUCUUCCAAAGAUGAAGGUCCUCUUGGAAAGAUGGAGAUCCAGCAUACAUUGAUGCAAUCGGCAUCCUAUGAGGCGUACCAGAUGAGUUUUAGUUGGUUAACCGGAUUGCUGCAGGAUGGGAAUUCAUCUUGUUAUGGAUAACCCGGAUAAAAACGUCGACAGAAUGAACUACAUACAUUAUAAUGUGCAGAAACUAGGUAACUAUACAGAAGCAAGCUUUAUUGUCAUAAGGGAACAACGAGCUGAAACGUCACUCAUGGCGUUCCAGAACCGCAUAGCAGUCGAUAUGCUCCUGGCCGAGAAGGGUGGUGUCUGCUCAAUGUUUGGUGACCAGUGUUGUUUAUUCCAAAUAUCACAGCGCCUGAUGGGUCACUCACAAGGGCCAUUCAAGGCCUCCGCAUCCUGAACCUCAAGAUGAAUGAGCACUCUGGUGUGAACACAUCAGCCUGGUCUGAGUGGUGGAAAAAAAAAAAGUUUGGCAAAACUAAAAACUUGGUUUUCCCUGCCCUAUUUUCUAUAGCUGUGUUUCCAGCUAUUCGUACAUUGUGUGGAUGUUGUUGUAUUCCCUGCAUAAGGGCAUCACUUAAUCGACUUAUAAGCACUGCUAUUGCCCCGACAAAUUCAAAAUUGGCAGAAAUAUAUCCAGUAUUGGCACGACAGGGUAAUGACACUGAUAUUGUUGACCACGAUGAUGAUGUCAUGACUUCUCUUCCAGACCUGUUCUCUGAUCUAGAAGAUUACAAAUGAUUAGUGCUAUAUUUUCCUCCGAGUGUAACUUUGUUUAUUUUCAUAAAUAUUAUUCUGUAGAAUAAAGCCAAAAGGGUGAUCUCUUAGAUGAUUUGUGGAUUUGAGCAAAUGUAGGAUAAACAGGAGGAUAAUGUAGAAAUAAUUGUAAAUAUAAUUAAGUAAUUCCUUCUGCCUGCAAUGAAGAAAUGCUUUGCUCUGCUCCAAUUCAGUAACUGUUUCUGCCUGCAAUGAAGAAAUGCUUUGCUCUGCUCCAAUUCAGUUACUCUUCCUACCUCCAAUGAAUAAUGCUUUGCUCUGGUCUAGAAAACGUGGUAGCAAAUGUAGGAUAAACAGUGGGGGAAAUAUAGGAAUAAUUGUGAAUAUAAUUAUCAUACAUCUGCUUCCAAUAAAGAAAUGCUUUGCUCUGCUCUAGAUAAUGUGGCAGUCGCCUAGCAGGAGAUAGCGAGAACAAAAACAUCUAAUCAUCAGAUCUGUUAGAACCAGGAGCAUCUGCUGCCUGUUAAAGAAAUGAUGACCACACGUACUCAGCAAUCUUCCACACUCAUAAACAAACAAGUACACUUUGUUUCCAACUAUGUUUUGCUUGCCAUCUCCUUUUUGUAACAUCCAUGUAAAUAAGGGGCGUCUUGAAACUAAAUAAAUAGAGGUGCUGAUGAGAGGAUAAUCAGAGAGUGCAGUGGAAAAUUCUGCAAGACAGUUCCUUUCCUCUCUCGUUGCGAGACGUGAACUGGUGUCUUUGCUUUCUUUUUGUUCAGUUUAAUGAAUGUCUAAUUGGUAAACCUGACAGACAUAGUUCAAAUUACACUCAAAUAAGAAGAGUAAGGCGGCACGGUGGAUCAGCUGGUAAAGCGUUGGCCUCACAGUUUUGAGGUCCCCGGUUCAAUCCCGGCCCCGCCUGUGUGGAGUUUGCAUGUUCUCCCUGUGCCUGCAUGGGUUUUCUCCAGGCACUCCGGUUUCCUCCCACAUUACAAAAACAUGCAACAUUAAUUGGACACUCUAAACUGCCCCUGGGUGUUAUUGUGAGUGCAGCUGUUUGUCUCUAUGUGCCCUGCGAUUGGCUGGCAACCAGUUCUGGGUAUACCUCACCUCCUGCCCGAUGUCAGCUGGGAUACGCUGAAGCACUCCCUCGUGAGGAUAAGUGGCUAAGAAAAUGGAUGGAUGAAUUAGAAGAGUAAAACAAAAUGAGGAUGAGCCUUCUAAGGAAGACAGAGUGGGAAUGACGAAUGUAUUCAAGGUUCACAGCGGCCAGAAGGAAAAUGAAGAUGCAAAUGGGCCAUUUCAACAGCAGUUAAAGAAUCCUCUCCAUGCAGGUUCUGUCACGACCCAUCGGAACGGGAGGAGGACCCAUAUGCAGGACUCGGAAGAAGCAAGGUAGUUCGUGGAGAAACGUUUAUUAUUCAGUGGUCGCGGAUCGGGCAGGCAGUCAGUCGGGUGCAACAGCGGUAGUUGGGAUAUCGGGCGAAGAGAGCAGGUGAGCGGGCAGGCAGGAGUCGGUACACGGGAGAACGAUCAAAACAGUCAGAUGUGUCAAAGGAGUCAGGCUUACGGGGUUGGUCGGAGAACAGGCGAAGGUCGGUACACACGGGUUGUCGAUCAGGGAUACGGGAGUACUCGAACGGGACAUGAACCUCAACGAUCUGGCCCGGACCAGUCAUCAUCGGGGUCAUAUAAAUACACAAGAUUAUCAGACCGCAUGAGGCGCAGGUGUGCGCCUCCCAAUCAGCGCAACCGCGCGGGCACCCGCACAGCCCGGGCUGGAGCGGCCGGAUCAUGACAGGUUCAAAAGAUGCAAUUGGCAGCUAGGUCAACAAACAUUACAUUGGCCUGUUGACAGGCACCAUGGAGGAGUAUAUACAUCUCCCCCUCCAUGCUGAAAAAAAAACUAAAGAUAAAAACAGAGUUCUACAGAGACCUUUUAUCAAGAUGAAGGACAGGAGGUUUUCUAACAAGGUGCAUUCUCAGCAAAAAUUAGACUUAAAGCUCACUGAAGAUGAGGAAGAUUUGUUGAAGGAAGUGCCAGAGAACUUGUGCUCUAAAGGACUGACAGAUGUUGAGUUAAUAAAAGGAACCUUGGUAAAAUGGAAAACGGAAUACAGAUCAUGUGUGAGACUAUAUCCAUUGAAACAGGACCCAUACGAAACCAGUAAUUAAAGACUUGAUUGCUGCUGGAGUAAAAGUAGAAUUUGAUUACUCUCCAUGCAACAAUCCAGUAUAACAAGUAAAGAAAGUGCCACCAUCUGUAGGAUGGUGCAUGACGCACGAUUUAUAAGCAGUAAAUAAUCCAGUCAUUCGAAGAGUUCCAUGUGUGCCUCACCCUUACACUUUGUUGACUGUACUCAGGCCAGAUGUUACAGUCUUUGCUGUAGUAGAUGUCGGCAAUGCAUUCUUCUCUAUACCCAUAGACAAGGAUAGUCAGUUUUGGUUUGCAUUUACGUUUGGAGGACAAAGAUACACUUUUGCCAGAUUGCCACAAAACUACUGUGAAAGUCCAACUAUUUAUUCCCGAGUCAUGAGUGCUAGUAUAGCUAAAUUUUAACCACCAUGAGGACGUUAAAUUUAAACUUUAUGAAGAUAAUGGAUUGCUGGCAUCUCCAAAAAGAUACAGUAACAUGAUUAAAACAUCUGGUUGCAGAAGGGCACGAAGUAAGUGAAAAUAAAGUACAAAUGUAUAAACAAGUCAAAAUAUUUAGGACAUAACCCCAGCGCAGGAGGGAGAACUGUAGUAGAGGAUAGAAAAACUGCUGUUCGUCAACCUCCGAAAACUCAAAAACAACAAGAACCAAAAAAAAAACCCCGAUCAUUUUCAGGCCUCACAAAUUAUUACCGAAACUGGGUUACAAAUUAUGCAGAAAUCAUUGCACCCCUGAGUAAAUAAUGUAUGAGGAAGACCUCAAAAUCAUCCUGAAAGGAGGACUUUGUCCAAAAUGUCUAUGUACAAUAAUCACUCCAAUGUGAAGUAAUAUAAAUAAUUACAUUUAUUUUGGACAUUAAUUGAAAAAUAAUUUUAAAUGAACAUUUUUUAAAUUUACGCAAUAUUUGGACAUGUGCCAGCUUUCACAACCAACACUGAGCGGGAAUCAAACACCAAAGGCAGGCAUGUGUACCACUACACCAUCAGUGAUUCCUAUUAUUAUUAUUACUAUUAAUAAUAAUAAUGAUGAUUUUGUUUUGUUCGUUUGUAGUUAUUUUUCACAAAAAUCGGCCACAAAAUGCCAGAUAGCGGACAUUCUCUGUUCGGUAAAACCAUAUCCACAAGCAACGGGGUCAGAACAGGAAGCACUGUAGAUGUGGCAAAUGCUGACUGGCUGUCAGUUUUCCAGCCAGGGUGAAGACUAUUUUACUUUUAUUGCACUUUCAUUAUUUGCUUAAAUAUGACCUUAUACAUUUAAUCAACGGAUAAAGUGUUGUCCAUUUGAUAAUCAGACAAGGAUUUGUUGUGGAGCCGGUGGUUGUCCUUGAUCUUUGUACGCAGAAAACUGGCUGGCGCCAUACUCCUAUCCCAGGUGUUGCCGUGGAGACGAACGACACCAGAUAAGAGCGGAAAGUUACCAUCCCAUCCCAGCCCAGGACCAGACUUCCGGGGGGGUUAGCCACUUCCACCAUGGACCCAUACAUAUAAAAACCUUGUGUUACUGGGCAGCUUUUGUCUUCUUCUUUGGCUAUCCUGCUAGAAGACACACGUCUCGUGUGCGGUAGAUGCCAAGAUAAGACCCAGACGUCUGUACUGCACGUUCAUUUGUAAUAAAUCAAUUUUCUGUUAACUUUUUCUAAUCAUUGGUCAUAUCUUCCUCGAUUCGUGAACACGCGUCAAGGGUAUCAAGCCAACCUUUUUUUCAUUUAUUUAUAUAUUUUCUGGGGUGUGGCAGUUCGGCGUAUGUACAUGCCUUCUCAGGGAAUGGCGACCUUUUCAAUAUGGCCGCUACAUACUCACGUCAGUUUUCUCUAUUUCAUUGGCCUUGUCGCAAACAGAGGAGCUAGGAUUGUAAAAUUUGCAAAUACUGGAGUGCAAUGACAUGAGUCCCUGGGGUUCCGUAUUAUAGUAUGAGAAGCGCUAUUUUCUAAACUGAAGAGCGAGGAAAGCGAAAAGUACAAAGAAGGAAAUUAGAUGCUCACAGUUAUUCUUACUUCCAAACUGAAAGUGGCAGUCGUGUGCCAAACAGCGAGAUGUAAGAUGGUGAAAAGAAGACGACGUAAGCAGUAUUGUCGUUGUUAUUUCUCUGUGUAAUAUCUAACAUAUCAGACUCUGUUUGAUUCUAUUUGCAAUACUCAUCAUUUUUAUUGGGUUGCUGGAACAGUGAGGCGUAAUCAAACCAGGGGCUGCUGGUGGACGUUAAGAAGGGCCGACUUUCUCCUCGGUUGCCUGUAUCCGCUAUAAGGCGACGUAUGGCGGUCUCUCCAGUUCACUCUCAGAUGGCACCAAGUAUCAGCUCCUCCUUGACAGGUCUUCACUCUCUACAAAGUUCAGAGGAUCAAGAGCUGGUACACAAGUUCAACAGCGAAAGAGGGGAGAUUUGACACCGAGUGGCGCUUGUGUCAAUUCAUCUCACAGAUUUAUGAUGGGAAAGAAAUGGCCUUCUUGGACAAUCCAGCUAUUAUUUUGGCCCACAUCAGACAGUCUCAUGUUACCAGUGAUGAUACAGGAAUGUGCGAAAUGGUCCUAAUUGACCAGGAUGUGGAUCUGGAAAAGUGCCAUCUGGCUCUGAUACAUGGUAGCAGCAAUGAGUCAGCAAUGUUAAGUUCAUUAAAUGAGGGGUUCGGCGCCAUUCUGGACAGUCACACUUGCGAUCUCUCCCAGUCUAUGGAUAUCACCUCCAGCUGGGAUUUUGGCAUCCGUCGUCGCUCCAACACAGGACUCCAACAAGAUAGCCAUGAGAAACCCAAGGCUGCUGCCCAAAGACUUGAAAGACUGAGGAAGGAACGUCAAAACCAAAUCAAAUGUAAAAAUAUUCAGUGGAAAGAGAGAUCUUCCUCUCAAUCAGUGGAGGAUCUGGGGUCAUUUUUUGAAAAACGUGAUUACAAAGAUAGAGUGCAAUCAUCAUGUAUGAAAUCUACCCUUUCACUUCGACUGGAGCAGUGUCCCCAGCAGCUCAACAACCCCUUCAAUGAAUACUCCAAAUUUGAUGGCAAGGGUCAUAUAGGCACAACAGCGACAAAAAAGAUAGACGUCUACCUCUCAAUGCAAAUGGCUCAGGAGAAAGUUCAUCCCAUGACCGUUGUAACCAUUGCUAAUGCCCGCGUUCAUGAUCUUAUUGGCCUUAUCUGUUGGCAAUAUACAAGUGAGGGACGAGAACCCAAACUUAAUGAAGAUGUGAGCGCUUACUGCCUACAUAUUGCGGAAGAUGAUGGUGAGGUGGACACAGACUUCCCUCCUCUUGACUCCAAUGAGCCAAUUCACAAGUUUGGUUUCAGCACUCUAGCACUGGUGGAGAAGUACUCCUCACCAGGCCUUGGUUCAAGACAAUCACUGUUUGUAAGAAUAAAUGCUGCUCAGGGUUUUUCUUUAAUCCCUGUGGACAGUCUGAAAGUAACCAUGAAGGAAAUUCUUCAGAAAGCACUAAAGAAGAGGAAGGGAUCACAGAAAGGAUCAGGGCCUCUGUAUCGUUUGGAAAAGCAAACAGAUCCCAAUGUUGCAGUUGACCUGGAUUCCACAUUAGAGAGCCAGAGCACUCUGGAGUUUUGCCUUGUGAGAGAAAACAGCUCAAGAGGUGAGGAGAGCUCAGAGGAAGACCCACCCAUUGACAUCACUGCAGUCCAAGACAUGCUGAGCAGCCAUCACUAUAAAUCAUUCAAGAUUAGUAUGAUUCACAAACUGCGUUUCACGACUGAUGUUCAACUCGGAAUUUCGGGAGAAAAAGUAGAGAUUGACCCCGUCACCAAUCAGAAGACAAGCACAAAGUUCUGGAUUCGGCAGAAACCCAUUUCUAUCGAUUCGGAUCAUCUAUGUGCCUGUGACCUUGUCGAAGAAAGAAGCCCUAAUCAUGCCAUCUUCAAGAUCACUUAUCUGAGCAACCACGACUACAAGCCUCUCUACUUUGAGUCGGAUUCUACUACAGUCAGUGAAAUAGUUCUUAAGGUGAACUACAUCCUUGAGUCAAGGGCCAGCACCACACGGGCUGAUUAUUUUGCCCAAAAGCACAGGAAACUCAGCCGACGGACAAGUUUCAGUUUCCAGAAAGACAAGAAGUCUAGCCAAUAGAGGAAAUAACUACCGCUAUGCAGCUAUCGUUUUGUCUGGAAAUGUAUGAACGGACACACCAAGAAGCCUUCCAAAUAUCAGAGACUUCACCUGAAUUUCACAGAAUACCUCACCAAAAACCACAUAACAUGUCGGUGGGUGGAUCGAAAUCAGGGAACUGGAUUCCUCCUGUGAAUAGUUUGCAUGUCCUCCCACUGCUUGGAUGGAUUUUCUCCAGGCAAUCUGACUUGUUCCUUCAGUCCAAAAACCUGAGAUAUGUUCACGUCUUGGACUAUAUUAUAAGUGAAUGCAAGUUUGCCAUCUUGGGUAUCCAGGCUGUCCUUGGGUGCGAUAAGAUCCAGCCCCAUUAAUUCUGAACAGUCUCUCAUACAAAAUGGAUGUAUUCAGUCGAACACAGAAACCACAAGCCACAAAAAUAGCACUUACACACAAGUAGUCUAAAUUGGUUGUGAAGAGCCGCUUUGAGGCAGAUUGUAUGAGGUGUCACUAGCUCAUCUGUCAGGACUCGGGUUUUGGAGCAAGAGGGCCAUGUACCUCAAAUCUCAUCAUAAGUCCUCAAAUCUUGUCUUGCAUGUUCGCAUGUGUGUUAUCUAUUUCCGAUUGAUCUGUAAAAUACAAAAAUAUACAUAGGAUUUUCUCCCCCCUUGAAGGAUUGUGAGAAUACAUUUUUUUGAAAAAAAAUAAAAUUAAGUUUAGAUACAAUGUACAUAUGGGGUUUUACUCAUUCACGUGCGGAUGCAGCUUCCUAUAAAUUACCUUUGUCAACAUACUGUGGAAAUAAAGAAUCUACACCCCUCAUUUACAAAAUGUGAGGUCUUUAUGACAUAAAAAAAAUGAGACAAAGAUAAAACAUUUAAAAAAGUUUCCACCAUUAAUUUGAACAGUACCAUAUGCAGCUCAAUUUGUGUAUUUAUUGAACCUUGAUAACCAGAAAAAAAAUCUGUGGGCCUCAUUCACUAACUUUGUGUACACAAAAAUAUGUGCUAAAUUGUGUGUAUGCAUAUUUGAUGUUUGAUGUCUUCGAUAUUUUCAUGCUUGUUUUUGGUAAUCAGUCAACAAAUUUAGAACCUUCUAAGACCAUGCAUGUAAUGUAAUGUAAUGCUUUUGAAAAAAAUGUCAUCUUAUACAAAGAUGCACAAUGCAUUAGAACUGCAAAAUUUAUAAAAGCUAUAACAAAACAACAAUAAUACAGUCACUCACAUUUGAAAAAUGUACAGGUGUGGUUAGCCAUGCCCGCAGAUAAAGUUGUGGGUGUAAUUAGGGAUGGAAUCUCAAGUCCUUAAAAUAAUUUACUGAGUUGUUAUUCCCGAGUAUGUAGUUGUUACCAAAUACCAUAAUCAUAAUUUAUUGACAGACAUUUUUAAAGAGGUCACUAGACAUUCAAUUUCAAAACUAAAUAUUCAUAUAAUCAAAUCAUUUUGUUUCGUCAUGAUGUAUUGUUAUCUAGUGUAAUUUACGGCGGUAUCUAUUGUCAAUCCACUGAUGAACGAUAGCAGUAGAUGAUCUAUCUCUUCCUAAAGGAUGGAAGAGGGAAAGUUUUUAACUUCAAGAUAACGUGGUGCCACAGGAGAAAAUGACCAUUUGCGUUUAGAUAUAUGGACAGACUAGUCUAAUGUUAGAACUUAGAUCAAGUCAAAGUAAAUCACAAUCUCAUAUUUAUUAUAGUUAGAUACUGAAAAUUACCUGUUAUAUCCCAGAAUAUCUUUAGCAAUGCAUGUUGAAAGCUGAAUGAUGCUCCCAAACAGUUUUAAGGUUAAUGUUAUUGUAGGAAUAAUUAUGAAUAUAAUUAUCAUACAUCUGCUUCCAGUAAAGAAAUGAGAACCUGACAGUUAUGGUGCCUCCUAUAUUUAAAAUGAAGAAUUAGCUUUUUGUGCACUGUAUUGUCUGUGCUUUCAUCCUCGAUUAGGCUAUGCCAAGGUGGAAUUUUAACAUUAUAAACCAUCUCAUCCUGUACUUUCUACUUUGGCUUUAGACCAUACCUUUUUUACUCAAAAAAGAGAGAAUCUCGUCCAGUUUCGCCACUUUUUUUUCCUAUUAUUCACAUACCCCGACAUUCAUUAAAGCAAUAGCACUUUUACUUUUACUUUUACCAUUAUUAUCGAGAGAAAACACAAGCAGCAUGUUUCUCUGCUCUACGUUUCCCAGACUGUGUGGGUGGACAGUGUUUGUAAUUAUGAGUGUACCCCUUUAAGAGCUGAAGAGGGUCGGAGUCAGGUAAGGUAGCAGGUGACCUGUGCUUCCGUGUUGGGAAAAAAAAAAAAAAAAGAGUCAGGCUGUGGUUCACUGCGCUGGAUUGGUUUUCAUGUCCGCUGAGAAUGUCCAUGUAUUUCUACUCGUAACAAAUUCUAUGCGCGUGAUUUUUUGUGCUGGACUGUGCAGA